AUGUAUCAAGUACCAAAUUACACCGAGACUGUGUCAAUGAAACUAUCAGAGGUUCUGGCUGAUAUAGGUGUUGAUGAAAGAAUAGUGAUGAAGAGGAGAAAAGCAUGGCUUCUGAGAGAAUCAAUAAGAAAUAUAAAUCACCAACUAUUUGAUACAAAAAUCAUAUCAUACUAUUUUGGGAGUCAAUCAGAAGGCACAACUACAGAAGGAAUAAAUUCAGACAUUGAUCAAGUUCUUUGUCCUAAAAACAUCCCUGUGAUACAAGACUGGAGUGACUGGAUGCCUAAUGUAUUUAUUAAUCUCUUGACGAUUCAAGAUAAUUCUGUAUCUCCUGGAUAUUGUUUACUUCAAGCGCUGAGACAUGAUGCUCCUCUUCCUAUAAAUGGUGAAUCUGAUCAAAUCUUGUUCAAGGACAGAACAGGAAAAUUACUUCUUAAGAAUUCUAUAGUAUCUAUUUUAACAAGAUUUGGUUCAGAAACACAUGGGCCAGCACGAGCAAAUUCAGGACGGUUAGGCUUAUCUGAUUCAGAUAAUGUGUUUGGUCUACAUUGUACAACAUGGCCACAACAAGCUAGACAAUGGUUGUAUCAACAAGGUGAAGGGCAAUGGCCGUCUGCUGAAAUGAAACAAUUUUGCAGCAGAACUGGAUGCUUUGUUGUUGGUGUAGGAUGUAGUGGCAGUGAACAUGAGCAACUUGAGUGGAGAAUAUCAACAUCUUUAGCAGAAAGGUGUUUGAUGUUCAACCUGAAUAUUACACAGAUUCGCUGUUAUGUCUUGAUGAAAAUUAUUUUAAAAGCAUUUAUUAAUCCAUUGUUUAAAGAUGUUAUUUCAAGUUACAUGUGUAAAACUGUACUCUUCAACUGUAUUGCAAAUACAAAUAGUAAUAUCUGGAGGGAAAAUAACUUACUUUCUUGUCUGUCAUUGUGUUUAUAUCUCCUGUACAACAAUAUCAUUAAUGAAAAUUGUCCACAUUUCAUCAUACAUGGGAACAAUUUAAUGAGGGGGAAGAUUUUACCUGCAGUCAAACCACAUAUCCUGGAAAUACUCAACAAUAUCAUCAACAGUGAUGGAAUGGCACUUCUUGGGAUCAAAUGUGAUGAUCUUGGUUCCAGGCUUCAUCUCAAGUUUUAUAACUUAUGUCCAUUCAAGAAAAGUGAUAUCAUUUCAGGAAUACUAUUAUUCAAUCUGGCUGUAUCUCUAUCUGAGAAUCUGAAAUAUACUUAUAACAGUAGUCCGUAUAAAGCUGUAAAAAUAUUAAAGAACUAUAUGUCAAUAUCAUUCCACUGUCAAUAUGAAGGAUUGGAUAAAACAGCCAGUCAUCUUCUGUUACCAUGGUAUUGUACAACACUUGGAUCUGUGCUGGCUUCCCUUAACAUCUAUCAUUUCAACAUUAUAUCAGCAGAUGCCCUCAAACUCAUCUCAAUUGGUCUGAAUACAGAUGUUGCAUCAAGUAAACUGAAACUAGCUUCAAUCUUAUACUGUGUUCAAGAAAUACAAAAAGCUGACCUUGUUCUCAGUGAGAUUGAAAGGAGAUAUGAUCUACAAAUUGUUGAGCCUGUCUGUAAUUGUCAUCGAUUUACGAAGAAACCAUUUAGACAUGCUUUCAAUGAAUUAUGUAACACUCAUAAUGAAGAAGUCUUACAGUAUACAACAGCCUCAUGUGUUAGAUUUCUGCCAUGUGAAAUUCACUGUGUACCAACAGAUCUUCGGUAUGAAAUGCUUAGAUCUACACAAGAGGACAUAAUAUUUCGCACAGAAGAAGACAACAAAUGGAUGGAUAGUACUGUUGUGGAUUCCCUCCCUUACCUUUACUUUUUACAAUACAAGAUUUACAGCCAUCUUGGAAGACAUGGCCAGAAAAAUGCUGCUCUCUUCAAACUUAUCAGAACCAUAAAAGAGGAACAAAACCUCGGACACCGGGAAACAGCUUUAAAUCUUCUCGGAAAAAGCAUGGAACAAGAAGGUAGAGCUGAAGAUGCUUUACAGUGUUAUUUGAUGUCACUUGACAUAAGGGGGAGAAACAAUGCUGCAAAGAUUCAUAUCGCCUCCCUCAUAUCUGUAUUGAUAAAUGCAAGGACAUAAAAGGUAUGCAAAAUUUGUGGAAAUGACUAAAGCAAGACAGUAACAGAAAUAUGUGGUAUUAACAGGCUAGAUUAUGACAGCAACAUUAUUGCUCAACAUUCUUUUUAUAUCUUUUCAAAUAGCAAAUUUCUUGUCAUAAGAAACACUUUUAAAUACGUUAUUUGUAUGUCAUCCAUAAGUCAAUAUAUAAAAGAGAUAAAGCAAACUACCAUAUAGUCUGGUUUUUAUGUCUGAUUACAGCCAUAUAGUCUGGUUUUCAUGUCUGUUUACUCCAUAUAGUCUGGUUUUCAUGUUUGAUUACUGUUAUAUAGUCUGGUUUUCAUGUCUGAUUGUUGAUAUUUUCAAAGUAGGAUAAUAAUUUCAUUUUUGUAUUAAUAUGUCUGAUUCUCAAUAUUUUUGGUAGUAUUCAUCAUCUUCACAUGAAAUAAUCAGUAAUUGCUCAUUUAUCAUCAUCUAUUGAACUCAUUAUAACAAAUAUCUUUAUUUCUUAAACUUUCCUACAAUGUUUGUUGAAGCUGCUAUGUUAUAGCUUAGUACAUUAUAAUAUCCAUAAAUAUGUUAAUCUGCAAUUUUUUACAUAUCAGUACUUCACACAGUUAUGUAUGUUAAGUGACAAUGGUAAAUAGAUAUCAUUUUAAUUCCAAUUUUCUUUGAAACUGUAUUAACUGACUCCCUGUCCCUUGAAAAGUCACAUAUGAUAGUCUUGACUGUAUGUGUACUUAAUUAAAGCAUAUUUCGCUUUACUGCAUUAUAUG